AUGGUGGACAUAAUCAUGAAGGAAAUGCCGGAAGAUUUGGUGAUAUAUAUACUUCUAAUGCUUCCAGUAAAAUCUCUACUGCGAUUCAAAUGCAUCUGUACAACCUUUUGCAAUAUGAUUAAUUCAUCCACUUUCAUUAAUCUUCAUCUUAAUCGUACAACCAACGCCAAGGAUGAAUUGAUCAUCUUAAAGCGUUCCUUCAAACAAGAUGAACCCAACCUUUAUAAAAGUGUCUUGUCUUUUUUUUCCGGUGAUGAUGCUAAUGAUCUUAAGCCUAUUUCUCCAGAUGCAGAUGUUCCAUAUCUGACCACCACGAGCGCCUGUGUUUUUCAUCAACUCGUUGGUCCUUCCAAUGGCUUAAUAGCCUUGACAGAUUCCCUGACCACUAUCUUGCUUAAUCCAACAACUAGAAAAUACAGAACAAUUCCACCUUGUCCUUUUGGUAUUCCGCAUGGUUUCAGACGUUCAAUUAGUGGUCUUGGGUUUGGAUUUGACUCGAUUGCAAAUGAUUACAAGUUUGUUAGGAUAUCGGAAGUAUACAAGGAUCCUUGUGAUAAAGAUAUGAAAGUUGAGGUUUAUGACAUGUCAAUUGAUUCUUGGAGAGAACUCAAUGAUCAACAACUGCCUAUGGUGUUCUGGUCGCCUUGUUCCGAGAUAGUUUACAAGAGUAACUUUCAUUGGUUUGCCAUUGCAGACGAUACAGUAAUUCUUUGUUUUGGAAUGAGCACCGAAACUUUUUACUAUAUGGAAAUACCUGAUACCUGUCAUUGGUUUGAUGGAAAGUGUUAUGGCCUUGUGAUUUUGUUUAAGUCUAUGACGUUGAUUUGUUACCCUGAUCCAAUGUCGACUAAUCCAACGGAAAAUUUGAUGGAUAUAUGGAUAAUGAGGGAGUACAAUAAAAAGGAGUCUUGGAUAAAGAUAUGCUCAAUUGGACCUCUUUCUAUUGAAUCCCCUUUAACAGUUUGGAAGGAUGAUGUAUUGCUUCUUCAAAACAAAAGUGGACAUUUGAUGGCCUAUGAUGUUAAUUUUGAUGAAGUCAAGGAACUUAAUUUACAUGGUUUUCCUGCGAGCUUGAGAGUCAUAGUUUACAAGGAAAGCUUAACCCCAAUUCCAAGAAAUGGAGACAGUACUGAAGUUAAACAAUUUUAG